GGGUAGAGGGCGAGGGAGGAAGAGGGGCGAUAAACUCUGAACAUAUAUAAUCUUCCCGCUCACGUUCCACCACCCAGUUCUGCUUAGAUUCGGACACGUGAAUUGUUUGUUUGGUGCGCUCAUUGUAUGGAGCGAGAGAAGAGUAUAAAACACGGAGAGAGCCCUGUGGAGCCAAUAAGCAGCUGCAGGGAUGAGCAUGGCUUUGUGCCAACGGUUGGCCGUUGGGGAAGCGAGUGGCCAAGUUGACUCGAGACGGCAGAAAUAUGGUGUCAGCCACAGGGGCAGGCACGCGGGCCCUGGAUUAGGGGUGUGCCGCUACCCCUGCCGGUUUGGGCCCAUUAUGAGUCACCAGCCCUGACCGUCCCAACGGUCGAACAAUAUGAGGAACUAGCAGGCAGUGUUGAAUUAGAAACACAACACUUAUUGCGCGAGCAUCGCUAUGAUACCAUUGGCAACUUUCUUGGAUUCUACCAGGACUAUGUUGCAAGUGGUGAAAGCAUGCUGGACAGAUUUUAUCGUAAAUAUCAACCACUCAUAACACAAGAACAUCACACUUGUGUGGGUUUAGGAUUUGAGUUACUACGUUGGUUACGGGGUUUAAAUAAAAGAUUUCCUGGUAUAGCAAGUGGCCUCUAUUUGGUGUCUUGUGAAGAGACUAUUGAUAAUGUUGAAACUUACGUUGGCGGACCACCUGCUGCUGACAGUGGAGAGAAGGAACACGUACUAGUGUGCCUGAAAAUUGAUAUUAACGGACGCCGGGGAGUUAUGCUUCUCGAUCCUGGAUAUCAUGUAGCCAGAGUUAUUACUGUAAUGGAAGAUAAGUUAUACCCACAUACAGGCUGGUUUAUACAAUCUGAUGAACCUGAUUGUAAGAGAGAGUACAACUACUUUCUAUGCGCUAAUGAUCCUGAUUAUGUCGAAUGGCAUGAGAGAAAAACUCGACCUGGUGCCUUGGAGAGAAUACAAGUUGCUCUUAUAUAUGUGGCAAGGCCAUAUUUAACUGCUAUCGAUGUUACAGAACGAAGAAAUUUGGUUUAUAAUUUUCGAAGUCUCCUUGCAAGAGACACAAAAGGUCAUCUUACAGCUGGUAUAUAUUUCCCUGUUGUGCUAGAUAUGAACAACGCGCCAACUUUUACGAUUUUUUAUCAAACUAAUAACGGCAAAAAGAGGGUCAAAAUGGCGUUCAAUAAAUUUCGCAGUUCACCGAAGAUCAAUCCUGACGCGGAGGAGAAAGAAAUUAUCGCAGAGUGUGCUCGACAGUUAGAUUUGUCGCAAGAUACAUUAGAAGAUCUGCUUUCUGCUCUUGCCAUAGUUUUGAGCGACUCGGCCUUCGUGGCUCAACUUUUGGCUAUUAAUGCAAGAAUCAACACUUUAGCAGAAGAUAAUUAAUAGACGUCGAUCCACCCUGUGCGGUGUAAACAAAAUAUAACAUGUCAUUUAUUUGCCGGCUUUCCUCUUACUUUCAUUUUUCUUCUGUUGACUACCAUAUUAAUGGUAUACUAUGUAUUUUAAACAUUAAUUUUAUUCUUGUUACGAUAUAGAAUUCAAUAUUUUUUAAGGAAAUCUUAAUAAAAAUAUAAUUAUAUAUCAUAAUAAUAUUAUGAAAUACUGGUUCAAUGGAAACAUUUACAAGGUAUGUUAACAA